GGUUUUCUUUGUGGCGUUGUUUACAAAAAACAUUUGAUGACAUUCAAGGCCAGACCUUUGCACUGAAGCCAAGUGAAGAACCUUAUGAUUGCACUAUAUGUAACUCAACUCAGCUAAGACUUCACUAAGAAACAAGUAGUUCCUGCCUUUCAGAAGGAUUCAUCCAUCAAGUCGUCCCAGUCUUCUUCCCAUCAGCAACUUCCAGCUCUGCAAACUGAAGCAGGUGCCUAGCAACUCAUUCCCAUCUUUCUUCCUCACAAAGCCCACCUUGGAAAUCACCCUCCAGCCAUGUUCCAGCGCUUCACCAGCCUCUUCUUCAGUGACACCAGCACACCCGAGGGCCUUGAAGAACCCAAGCCCUUUGUCUCUGAAGAGGAAGAAGAUGAUGGGUGGCUCAUUAUUGACCUACCAGAUAGUUACGCUUCAGCCUCUAGCAAAGAGCGGCGGGUAGGUGAGAAGGAUUCCGUUUGCCCUUCUCCUUGCCGCCGUGGGUCCCCUCCACCUACCACGUCUUCGCCCCACUCCCUCAGUGACUGUGUCAGCAGGUCCAUGCCCUCUCAGCCUGACCCCUGCUUGAUGGACGAGAGUUGGUUUGUUACCCCUCCCCCCUGUUUUACUGCAGAAGGUCCUGACCCUGUCAACAUGGAGAGCAACCCGAUGGAAGACCUCCUGAUCGAACAUCCCAGUAUGUCUGUGUACGUCACCAGCAGCAGCAUCGUUGUGGAGAGUGAGGGUCCUGAGGAGCAUAUCCAUGAGAGCGAGGUACCUGAACGCCAUUUACAACGCCAUGCUCCCCACCACUCCAACUCUCUUGCCACCACGGCUGCCAUCUUGGAGAAAGUCAACCAAGUGCGUCGGAUUCAGCGGGCAAAGCAGCUGGUGGAGAAGCACAAGCUCAGCCAGAAAGUCAUGCAGCGGCAGAACCGCACCAGAGAGUGCCGCCCACGCAGGGCCAAACACCAAGGCAGCUUUGUCUACCAACCAUGCCAGCGCCAGUACAACUACUAAGCUACUUCAGGAAGUCUACACCAUGGGGCAUUAUCCUUUUAAUUCUCAGCUUUGCCAGUUUUUUUCACAAUGCUUUCUUCAGCCAAGAGGGUCGUCUUCGUCCAUUUUCUGAAAUAAACCCGUCCCCCUGCGAGAGAGCCUCCUACGUUCUCCUGAGUUGGCACCAUUCAAUUA